UCUUUUUCAAAGCUCGUUAACGGCUGUUGUCUUGGUGCUGGGUGUCUGAGCCUGUAAACAACAAAAGAAGACAAAUAACCUUAAACCUCAGCGUUCAUACUGACGUGAUGGCUUCACUAUAACGACGAGCCGGUCUGUGCCAGAUUUUAUUCUACCUCUGUGAGUUGAAGCUAAAGAUAAAAUGGACAAGCUGGAUUUCUCAGAAGAGGAAAUUCAAGAACAACUGGCCAUCCUCGGCUACAAGAACAUACCGCAACACCGGCUGCUUGAAUUUAAGCAAGACCUCGAUGAGCUGAUACGACGUGGAGAGUGGAAAAGCCUGGCCUCAGUGCCUCAAAUAAACACCAAAUCUCAGACGUCUCAGCCCAGUCCUCCUGCCUAUACCAAAGAAAAAGUUAGUCAGUGCUACUUUAAAGGCUCCGGCGAAGGAUUUUUCUUACAUGCAGGCAAAACAGACACUGACAGACAGGUGCUCACCACCUGUCAGAACAGAGACUAUGGACGGCAGCAGGGAUGCUAUGACUCGUACGCUCAGCACUCGGUGGCUCCAAAGCUGCAGCUCCCUCCAGGAGCUCCGAGCAGGCUGCAGGUGGAGACAGAUCCUGAGGACACUCUGCACUCAACGCUGUACGACAGCUACGUGUCUUCCCCAGACACCCAGGGGAGACACUUCAUCAAGAGGAAAGUCCUGAGGAAACAUAAAGGGCAGUCGUUUGUCUGUGAUGAAUCCGUCUACAGCGAAGACUCAGAUGCAGCGAGCUGUCUGGAGGAGCGUCUGGCCGAUCUUCAUUUGUCCCCGGCAGCUCAACGGGACAUCGAGGCAGAACAUGAAGACACGAGCGAUCGCAGCGACUCCCAGAGCUCCCAGAGUGACGGCAUCUCGUUGAGCGCCUUUGAAUCGUACAUCAGAGGAAUGACUCAGACUCAGAGUGACGCUGCCUUUAGGCCCAAACCCAAAUCCUUCAUCCGGCCAGCGGUGGGUCAACAAUCCAUAAAGAAGACUGACCCAGUGUCCAAAUAUUUCGAAUACAAACAAUUCUGGGAAAUGUUCAAACUUCCAGGAGAGAAGGACAGGAGAGCUCUCCGCUGGGAGAUAAAGGAGCAGCUUGCAUACCAGCCUCCACCACCUAAACCUCGGAGAGUCUACCUGCCCAACACCUACGUUGUGCCUACAGAGAAGAAGCGCUCGGCGCUCCGCUGGGAGAUCAGGAAUGAUUUAGCCAACGGGCUCCUUCCCCACAAGUUCAGCUAUCGAUUUUAGGCCUUACACUCUGCACACUCGUCUUUUUUUGACAUUUUUAUUAAAAAUUUGCAUUGUUUUCUAUUAAUAGAAUUAUUUAUUAAUGACUUUUUUU